AUGGGCUUCGGACUCUCGCGAUAUGUAUGCCACGCAUUCGAUGCCAGAGAAUUCUUCCAGUGCCACGAAGACGCAAACAGGAUCCCAUCCGCCCAAUAUGCGACCGUGGGGUCUUGGCCGGUUCUCGAACGGCUGGUACUCACCACAGAAACCGGCGACAUAAUGCCUGGCGCAUCCCACUUGGACAGCCUGCUGUUGAUGGCGGCCACAGCCGCUUUGCGGAUGCCAUCACUGAAGACCAUGGAGAUAUGGGCCUCGAGAAUCGACCAUCAGUUCGUGUUCCGCUAUCAUGCGGGCGCAUACGGGCCGACGGUCUGUGUGUGCGCGACUCGAUCGGUGAAGCUCGGGGCCGCGGUGCUCGAUGCAUGGCAGCAGGCGGCGGGCGGACACGCGCAACAAAAGCAACGACCACUCCGACACAAGGUGGCUUCACUAGACCCGGGGCCGAUGGAGAAAAGGUCCAUGGACUACUUUUGCUACAAAUUACGGCUGAAACGUAUAAUGAGAGACUGGUGA